GAGGAAUCUGCGGAGUUUGUUGAUGGGUGCUACGAGUAGGGACUGUAAGCUAGAGUAGAAUAGAAGACCUGCCAAAUAGAGGCUGCCUUGCUGCUCUCGCUCGCGUGAAUCGGCUGCCUUGCUGCUCUCGCGUAGCUCACAUGUAGAACCAUGGAGCAGAUUGCUUGCUGAGUGCCUACCGCAUGCACGACUUAUAUUUAAACACCCACUCGCUCACUAGCUCAUUGUCUCUCUAGUGUAUUUGCAACGUCAAUUAGACAGCAGAAGUUGCAGGAGGUCCAGCCGUCCAGCUAUGGCUCUAGAAAAAAUUGCCUCCAUCGUUCAAGUGACUCCGUUCAACGUGACGUCGGACUCAUACGCCACGUUCAUCCAGAACGUACGUGUAGCUCUGGCCGGCGCGAAGCCUGACACGGUGGUAGGGCCCAAAUCCAAGGUAAGUCGGCCGGUGCUGGCCAAAGAGGCGUCGUCGUCUGGCCUGCAGCCGCCGAAGUGGAUCCACGUCGUGCUCAACGGCAAGGGCGGCGCCGCGCCCACGGUGGCCAUCCGCAGCGACAACGCCUACAUCGUCGGCUUCACCAACAGCAAGGGGACGUGGUACCAGCUCAGCAGGACGGGCGCCCAGGAGAAGCUCGUCGACGACAACCCCGUGAUGGCGGGCUUCGACGGCAACUACAACACGCUCAUCGGCGGCAGCGACAAGCUGCUGACCCUGAACGUCGCCAAGUUUAGCGUGGCGGCCGCGGCCGCCACGUUCUGGAACCACAAGGCCGGAAACACAUCAUAUGGUGACGACUGCGGCAGCGACGAGGAAGAAGAAAGCGGCAUGCUCCGCGCUGGCGACCCGCUGAAGGUGGCGGUGGCGACCCUCGCCGUGGCCAUCUGCGAGGCGGCGAGGUUCGUCCCCGUCUCCACGGUCAUCGGCAAAGGUUGGGGCGAGCAACGGGUGAGCGUCACGGCCAAGGAGGUAAGCUACAUCAUGGACUGGGGUGACCUGUCCCGCGCACUGCUCAAGUGGAAGAGUGGCGGUUAUAAGGACGACAAGCCUUUCCAGCCAUUCAAGGGUAUCGGGAUAAAUAACGGGGAGGAAGCCUUGGCUGUGGUGGCCCUUCUGAAGCUCAUGUCGGGAAGCCAGAGCCUGUUGGCCUGGCUCAAGUGCUUCUGGGGGCUUCUGGUGAAGAAGCUCAAGCGGGAGGACAUGAAUUACGAGAAGCCAAAGACUGCAGCCAUCGUUAACCCACUUUAAUCUGUUAUAGCAUACACUCGUCAUCCGAGAAUAAAUGUGUUGUUAAUUGCUUAAUUCCAAGGGAAGUAUAUAAUCCUUUAAUGCGUAUUGCAUGUGACAUGUUCACAAGAGUGUCUUCAAAUGUGAUGGUGUAUCCAUAAAUAUGGAGUACGAAUUAAACAUGUUUGUCA